AGUUUCUAACUCACUUUAAAAAAUAAAAAAGGAAAAAGAAAAAAGGAUUUAUGUGAAAUUUGUUAAUGAACUCAAACUUGAACUAAUGCACUUACCCGCAGGUUUACCUGGCUUAUCAGCCAACAAGAUGACUGACUUUCGUUUGCUUGGAGAGCAGGCUCUUCACGAUGCACUUAAUGAACACCCGGGCGAAUUAGUUCAUACGGGCAGCCCAAACCUGCUUUGCUCGGUUUUACCUUCACAUUGGCGGUCUAACAAGACUCUACCUGCGGCGUUUAAAGUAGUAGCUCUAGCCGAUGUAACCGACGGGACGGUGGUGACCCUCCGAGCAGGAAACGAUGAGAACUUUUGCGCGGAACUUAGGAACUGUUCUGCAGUCAUGAAAAACCGCGUGGCCAAAUUUAACGACUUACGAUUUGUUGGAAGAAGUGGAAGAGGAAAAAGUUUAACGCUUACAAUCACACUGAGCACCUCCCCACCCCAGGUAGCUACCUACAGCAAGGCUAUCAAGGUCACAGUUGAUGGGCCUAGGGAGCCUCGAAGCAAAACACGAGAACAGAGGCAUCUACGGGCAUUUGCCACAGCUUUAUGUCAACGUCCCCCUUUUUUAGAUCAUUUAAGAGAGUGGGAUCAUUUACGAAUGAAGACAGGCCAGCUCACCUUAGAAUUGCCUAGGGGAUUUGCUGCUCCAGUUCCCCCUUCUGGUCAGGAUAUCAAUGCUACAUUUCACAUGCCACCUCAAGAACCAUCUUGGGGGUCAUAUCAUAAUCCAUAUUUAUCCUCUACAUGUGCAUUUCAACCACCUACAUUCCCAAGUUCCAUGAAUACAUGUACCCAUUCCCAAGAAGCACAACCUGACAAUCAACGGAACACAGAUGUGGAUACUCCGUGUACAUUCUCUUCAGCCCUCCAACUUGAUUCAGUAGCUGGAGCACCAUCAGGACAAACAUUACAGAACUUGACAGAAGCACCAUCUGGAUCAAACCUAAGGGUGUUUAAGCAGUCAGAGAGAAUAGACUAUGGACAGUCUAUAAGAGAUGCUGGUUCUUCAAAUGGGUACUCUUUGAACAAUUCUCCAACAGGAGAUGGUACAACCCGAGGAACAUCUUUUGUUAUGGGUAUUGGCAUCCCAGACUUCAGGAUUCCUUCUGAUCAUAUUUCCAGUCACAAUAGAUCUUCCAUGGAUCUAUCUGUGCCUCAACCAGUUUCAACAGUUGCACUUCUAUCUUGUCCUAGUAAUUCAUCAUUUUCUUUGUCAUCCAAUUACAGUGGUUCAGGAAUUAUACCCUCUAGAGGAUUCUAUGGAGCCAAUGCCAUAAACUGUGCAAGUGCAGGAGGAAUGUAUCUGAGUUCUCCAGUAGUUCCUCCAACUCUAUUGUAUCCACACCCCUAUUCUGGUAUAUCUCAAUCCCAAAUUCAUCCAUCCCUUCACUUACUGGGCAAUGAAUUUAGGGUAACUACUACUGAUACAAAUGUGAUUUCUCUACAGCACCACCAAACAAAUCAACCUCAUACUUCUCAAGGGACCUUUGUGGUUCCUUCUCAGUAUAUUAAUUCACGCCUGUUUCAACAGGAAGCUGAUUCUGGAGGAAACUCUCAUGUUAGAUUACCAGUAACACCCUCCACUAUUAUAAUGGAAAAUGUAAGAACUGAUUUGACUGAAGCAUCUUCUCAAGGCAGUUCUAGAGACCUUUCAGUUUGGAGACCUUACUGAUACACAUAUUUUUAUAACUGAAAAAAACAAUUUGUUACAAAUAGAUGUAAGAAAUGAUUUUGACUAACAGAGAUUACAUGUGAUUUUUCUGUGCCUUACUUGGCUGUGAUGAAUAAUUAUAAACUAUUUGUUGAUACCAAAGAUAUAAUAAAUGCUUAACUUAGUGGUUUUAAAAAGUGAGAUUUAAGUUGUUGUAAAUCAAUGAUCUGUAAGUUGAUUAUAUUUAUAUAAAUACUCUGAGUGUAUUUAGAUUUUUGUAUUAUGUGGCAUAAUG